AUGACCUCCCUCUUGGCCCUGCUGUGUCUGGGGUUGAGUAUAGGCACCAGGACACCAGUGAAGGCAGGGAACGUCCUCAGACCCAUCCUUUGGGCUGAGCCAGGCUCUGUGGUUCCCUGGGGUACCUCCAUGACCCUCUGGUGUCAGGGGAACUCGGGGUCCCAGGAGUUUCGUCUGGUUGAAACGAGUUUGUCACAACCCUGGGAUAUUCGGUUAACACUGAAGCCGGGAAACAAGGCCAAGUUCUCGGUACCUUCCGUGACAGAAGCAUAUGCAGGAACUUACGAAUGUUACUAUCUAAGCCCCACUGGCUGGUCAGAGCAUAGUGAACCGCUGGAGUUGGUGGUCACAGGCUUCUACGAUAAACCAUUCCUCUCAGCCUUUCCGAGCCUUGUUGUGGCCUCAGGGGAGACCGUUACCCUUCAGUGUGAUUCAUGGCUGGGACAUGACACAUUCGUCCUGACUCAGGAGGGAGACCCUGAGACCUGCUGGAAACUUGACUCUCAACAACUCCCCACUAGACAGCGCCAGGCCUUAUUCCAAGUGGGCCCCGUGACCCCUGACCGCGGGUGGUCUUUCCAGUGUUAUGGCUUUUUCUCACACACACCCCAGAAGUGGUCUCACCCCAGUGACCCACUGCAGCUCCAGGUGUCAGGUACAUCUAGAAGACCCUCCCUGCUGAGUCCGAAGGGCCGGAUUAUGACCCCAGGACAGACCCCGACCCUGCAGUGUCACUCUAAGGAUGCCUAUGAGACCUUUGCUCUGUACAAGGAGAACAGCAAGGACAUCACCCAGCACCCUGGCUACCAUCACCAGGCUGGACUCUCUCAGGCCAACUUCACCCUGGGCCCUGUGAGUGCCUCCCAUGGGGGCCAAUAUCGCUGCAUUGGGAGACAUGGUUUCACCUCCCUAUGGUCCGAGCCCAGUGACCCCGUGGACAUCCUUGUGGCAGGGCAGCUCUUCGACACUCCAGCCCUCUCAGUGGAGCCGGGCCCCUCAUUGGCCCCAGGAGGCAAUGUGACUCUGCUGUGUCAGUCCAGUGGCUGGAUGGACACUUUCCUGCUGGCUAAGGAUGGGGCCGCCGACUCCCCGCUGUGCGUCAAAGUGGCUAAGACAGAGGCGAUAACUCAGGCCCAAUUCUCCUUCCACCCUGUGACCUCAGCCCACAAUGGCACCUACAGGUGCUACAGUUCCAGUAGCUUCAGCCCCUACAGGCUGUCACACCCCAGUGACCCCUUGCAGCUCCAGGUUUCAGGACCCUCUGGUGACAGCAGGGCAAUGUCCACAGCUGUUGUGGGUGAGUUUCUGGGGCAUGUCCGGGGAAGAGAUAAGACUGGAGACCAGGGAGGUGCUGAGGAGGGAGACAGGAAAGAUGAGUGGAGUGACAGAGAGGCAAGAAUGCCCAGUGUCACCUCUGCCUGUGUCCUGCAUUCAUCGGUGACUCUGGACCGAAAAAACCCAGGCCCACUGCUCAUCGGGCUGUCCACGGCCGGUGCCCUGCUUGGGCUCUUCCUUCUCCUCUUCCUUCUCUUUCUUCUUCACCGCCGCUGCCAGGCUGGACACCACAAGUCAAGAGCCACACACUCAGCGCCCCAGGACACAGGCCUGAACACCCGCUCCCGCCCUGGUACUCACAUCCAGGAAAACGGCCCAGGUGACAGCUAUGGGGAGGACAGAUGA